AUGGCAAGUGACCAGGGUGCAACAGCCCCUCACACAGGGAUAACCGCCCUCAAAAACGCCACUGGCGGUUAUCCCUGCUGUGUGCAGGAGACACGUUCACUAUGGGAGUAA